AUGGUUUCUAAAUCUCUUCCUCAUAUGGACUUCCGCAGUUACGUUGAGGCUCUCGAAGCUGACGGCGACCUUGUCUCAAUCACUGAAGAAUGUGACCCUCAUCUUGAAGUUGGUGCAAUUAUUAGAAAGGUUGUCGAGACUAAUGACAAGGCUCCCUUGUUCAACAAGCUCAAGGGACAGGAUGAAAAUGGUCUUUGGAGAAUAUUGGGUGCACCGAACUCCCUUCGAUCUGACCCCAAGCAGCGCUACGGAAGACUUGCCAGACAUCUCGGACUUCCGACAGACUCGUCUAUGAAGGUCAUCUUGGAUAAGAUGGUCGCUGCCAAAACAACCCCUCCUAUCCCGCCUGCUGUUGUUGAGACUGGUCCUUGCAAGGAGCAUAUCUUGACACCGAACCAGUUCGACCUCACCAAGCUUCCAGCACCACUGCUUCAUCAGUCAGAUGGGGGAAAAUACGUUCAGACUUACGGAAUGCAUAUCGUCCAAUCCCCGGAUGGUAAAUGGACCAACUGGUCUAUUGCUCGUGCGAUGGUCUACGACCGAAACCACCUUGCUGGAUUGGUGAUCAAGCCGCAGCACCUCUACCAGAUUCACGAAAUGUGGAAGAAGGAAGGCCGCGAUAUGCCUUGGGCUUUGGCCUUUGGAGUCCCUCCUGCUGCCAUCAUGGCAUCGAGCAUGCCACUGCCUGACGGAUUGUCAGAGGCCGAGUACAUUGGUUCGCUCGUCGGGUCAUCCCUUGAUAUCGUCAAGUGCGAGACCAAUGGACUCUAUGUACCUGCCAACUCGGAAAUAGUCUUUGAAGGAUCAUGCUCCAUCACGGAGACUGUACCUGAGGGACCCUUUGGAGAGAUGCAUGGCUACGUGUUUCCCGGUGAUGCCCACCCUUGGCCAAAGUAUACGGUAAAUGUCAUCACGCACCGUAAAGAUGCGAUUCUGCCCGUCUCCAAUUGCGGAAGAGUGACUGACGAGACUGCAAGUCCUCUUGCUGCCGCAGAGAUCGGAUUCCUUCUUAAAUCGAAAGGUCUCCCUAUCAAGGAAGCCUUCUCACCUUUCGAGUCUCAAGUUACAUGGGUUGCGUUGCAGGUCGAUACUCAGAAGCUACGUGCGAUGAAGACAACGUCUGAGAAGUUUUGCCGUGAGAUCGGAGACAUCAUCUUCAAUCACAAGGUCGGAUAUACAAUUCAUCGCUUGGUAAUCGUCGGUGAUGACAUCAACGUGUACGAUUUCAAGGAUGUGAUCUGGGCUUUCUGUACUCGUUGCCGCCCCGGAAUGGACGAGUACGUCUUUGAAGACGUUGCCGGAUUCCCUCUCAUUCCAUACAUGUCCCAUGGUAAUGGAGCGCCUAAUCGUGGUGGCAAGGUUGUGUCCGACUGCUUGUUGCCAGUCGAAUAUACAACCGGGAAGAACUGGGAAGCAGCGGACUUUGAAAACUCGUUUCCGGAGGAGAUCAAAGACAGGGUUUGCAGCCGAUGGCAGGCCUUGGGCUUCAACAGCCCUAAAUAA